UCGUUCUCGACUCUGAACUUGCCCCUUCUCUCUCUCUCUGCAACUGCAAACUACAAAAUCAACAAGACUCAGAAGUUCAAAACCCAUAUAUUUCAGUUUAUCUAUCUGUCUGCAAGAAUCAAAAGUUCAAAACCCAUAUCGGCAUAUCAUUUCAGAUUGUUCAAAAAAUCAAAACCCAUGUCUUUCAGUUUCCAUCGCCCUUCUAGAUCGGGUUCGCUGCUCGCUAGCAUCAGACGCUAGUCCGAUGUCUCUCAACUCUCAAGCUUGCCCUCCUCUCUCUCUGCAAUUGCUAACUUGGUUAGCAUCGGGCCUUAACAUUUAGCAAGAAUAAGGUUCAAGAAACAUACCUCCUCAGUCAUCAGGUCAUAUAAACGGGGGUCAUGCAAGCAGGCCGGAUUAUAUAAAUGGGCUGAGCCCUACAAAUGGGUCGAGUGCUAGGACAGCAAGCCUCUGCCAACCAGUCCAAUUCCAGGUUUGCGAGUGGUAGCAUUUACCUUCAGAGAACGCUGCUGCUGCUACAUGCUGAGUUUUAUUCUCGUGUGACCACAAUUGCUAGUGGUCUUCUACAAGCUGCCCCUUCUGCCCGAGCUGCUGAGUCUAUUCAGCUCCCUGUUGCAAAGACCUCCGAUAAUCAGAAAUAUGUUUCUAGAGGCAUAGUGGGGAUUGUUGUUACUGGUGUGGUCGGAAGAAUUGUGGUGCUCUGUCGUCGCAACAAAACUACUUUGAUGCUUAGUUUGUCUUUUGAAUUUUGGACCAUAUUCUGUAUUGCAGAGGCUGGACCCUAUGUUGAUCGGGCUAUUUGCUUAUUUGGUGCUCAAGUUUUGAGAGUAUAAUGUAUGGAUUUGAAUGCUUUAGCUGUUUUUCCUUAAUCGAACGAACAUUGUUAUUUUUGCUUAUUAAUUUGUUCAUAGUAAUUUUAUAAGCACUAUA